AUGGAGCCCCUAUCCUUCCAAGAAUACAUCUGCUCCCUGAACCCCGCUGUACUGCCCCGCAUCCUCAGGAUUUGCUCUGGAGUCUACUUUCAAGGGUCUGUGUAUGAGAUCUCAGGCAACGAAUGUUGUUUAUCAACUGGAGACUUCCUAAAAAUUAUUGCCGUCAAGCUGCAGAAGGUCAUUUGUGAGGAUGUGGAGAUGGGGAAAACAACAGAACUGCCACUGACCUUCAAAGGUCUCUUCCAGCCCAGUCCAGACCCACAGCAGUAUGCAAGCCUGGAGGAGCUGAUCCAGAGCAAACGGGCAGCCCAGGAGGCUCAGCCCUUGUGCUUCAUUUCGGCCACUGACCUUGCUGUGGAUGGACACUUCAUUCCCAAGGCACAACCCAUCUUUCUGGAGGCACUGCAGGGGAGAAAAGCAGCCGUCCGCACGGCAGACAGCCACAGGGAGCACCACUGGCUCCGGCUGCCUCUCUCCCUGCGCGGUCGGUUCUUCGAGUGCAGUGAGCAGGACCUCACGCUGCAAGAGGUGCUGGGGCUGCAGGGCAGCUGGCCACAACGCCUGCUCUGCCCCACGCUGAGCUCGUGUCCCAUCCUCCUCAGCCCCGUCUACGAAGUGCAAGCCAUCAUGCACCUGAGGAAGGACGUGGUGAAAAUCCCCUCCACGUUGGAAGUGGAUGUGGAAGAUGUCACAGAAGAGGCACAGCACAUUCAUUUUAUCAAGCCGCUGCUGCUUAGCGACUUGCUGCAGAUGGAGGAAGCCCUCCCUGUCCAAGCAGAGAUCCUGGAGGGGCCCAGCUCCUUGGCCAUCUUCAAGAAUGACUGGAUUCCCCGCUUGCAGAAAGGCCAGCGGAUCCAGAUCCAUGGCAAGGGCUGUCCUUGGAAAGUCCUCGCCUCGGCUCGCAAGGGCACCCGCCAUUUCCUCCUCUCCAGCACAUACCAGGGCAGGUUUCGGAGGCGCCCCAGGGAGUUCACCACAGUGUACGAGCUGGCCACCAGCCUGCAGGCCAGUCAACACUUGCGUGUGGUGGUCACACAGGACUGCGAGGGCCACGAGGAGGACACGCCCUCGCUCAGCGUGGGCGAUCGGCUGGAAGUGCGCUGCCUGCUCCAGGCCAGUGCCAGCACCACCAUGCUGCUGUGCAACCGAAGCAGCACCGAGGAAGAGGAGGGAGAGGAGAGUGAAGAGCUGAUGCUGCCUCUAGACCUGGGAGGUAGCUUUGUGGAAGAGAUGUGUGAGAACAAGAAGUACAACCUCACAGAGAUCGUGGAGCAGCUCUCCCUGCCAUGCGAUGUCAAAGUGGUGGCCAAGGACCCUUCGCUCGCUCGCGACAUCCUCAGCUCCUUCUCGGCCUUACGACUGGAGGCACGUGUCACUGAGCCCUUCUUGGUCAGCAGCUUCUGUGAGGAGCCAAACGAGAGCUUUGAGAUCCCACCACGGUGGCUGGACAUGUCUCUGUUCUUCACACAGGAGCCUGCCCACCCACAGGCUCCCUCUGCAGACUGGUCACGGGUCGAGGAGCUGAAGGAGUCUUUCUACUACCACUUGCUGAAGCAGCUGCCGGGCAGUUCAGCUCCCCCUCCACCACGGCCCCCCAAGAGGAAGGAGGCUGUGGACAAGGCAGACCUCAGGAAAACCAAAAGAACCAGCCCUGAGAAAGCAAAGCUUCCUCCCCUGGCUGGGCCCAAGUCUCCCUUAUCCCAGAAAACAAGAAGCCCAUUCAUCGCACAGAGUACCCCGAAUGAGUACAGCACGCACCUCCACUUGCAGAGAGCAUCCCAGUCAAGCAAGGCCCCAAAGGACAAAGGUGUGGAGAGCAGCGAUUUUGACCACAACUAUGAAACAGUUGAUGAAGAUCUUCAACAGACAAUUCAAAAAAUAGAGACUAUGUUUCCUUUCUAA